AUGGUAAUGAGUUGGUUUUCAUUUUUUGCCUAUUUGUUUUUUCCACAAAUUGGAGGCAUUGUUGGCGGUAUAAUAACAGCUACGCAAAAAAUCAAAAAGCCUAGUUGGCGUCCACCAAAUGCCGUAUUUGGACCAGUGUGGACCAUUGUCUAUUGUCUUAUGGGCUAUUCUUCGUAUUUGAUCGCACGUGAUAGUUCAGGUUCUGUUCGUCAUUCAGCUUUAUUUUUCUAUGGUACACAAUUAAUUUUAAAUUGGAUAUGGAGUCCGAUAUUUUUUCUCUUUCAUCAGCUUGGUUUGGCAACUACUGUGAUAUUGGCACUCUUAGUGAAUAUCUUAAUAUGCAUUGUUCAAUUUUGGCCAAUUAAUCAAACAGCCUCAUUACUCAUGGUGCCUUAUGCUGUUUGGGUUGGAUUUGCAUCAGCAUUAACAAUCUCUAUUUGGCGUAUGAAUUCCACAAAUGAUAUAAGAAAACAAGCAAUACCAAAUACCAACGACUUCGAUUUUGAUCGAGAAGAAGCCGUUGAAUUUCUAAAACGAGCAUUUCUCCAUCCUGGAAAAACAAAAUGCGAAGAACAAAAACGAGAAGCAUCAGAAAAAUAUGAAGAAAGAUGUGAGCCAAGUAUCAAUAAAAUAAGUGGCUCACGUUACUGUCCGGAUAUAAAAACAUGGAAAGCAUUUAAAAAUUAUGAAAUUGGAAAUGGAAUGGGAAAAUAA